GGAGACACGAGGGAGGAAGAGAUCUUGCAGCUGGGUUGUGACAAAUAUAGCGACACACAUACACCAUACACAUUUGUCUUUAUUUGUAUUGUUACUACAUGCUUUGUAAGAUUGGCACUCAGAGGGUUAAUGUGUGCCUUAUAGGGUUAACUGCAUGCUUUAUAAGGUUGGCACCCCUAGGGUAAAUGUGUUAGGGUUGGCACAGGAUUAGUGUGUACCUUGUUAGGUUGGCACAUACAGUUAUUACACGCUCUGUAAGGGUUAAUGUGUGUUGUGUAAUGCUGGCACACACUAUGGUUAGCAGAUAUUCCUAGAUAAUGUAUUAUAUGUAAGGUUGGCACACACUGUUACUGCUUAUUAUGGUAAGGUUGACACACACUGUUACUGCUUAUUAUGGUAAGGUUGACAAAUGUAAGGUUCCAACAGGCAUAAGAUGAUUGCUUAGCUUGCAUAUGGGUUAUUGGAAGUGGUGUUAAAAUGCCUGGCAUACAUGCAUGUGUAUUGUAUGUUUGUUAGGCUGGUACUCAGGUAUGUAGAUGCACACAAAACCUUGUUUUAUGCUGUGAUGGUGUUCGAUUACUCAGAAGCAAAGACACAAAGUUAUUGCAUGCUGGGUUCUUGUACUGUACAUUCCAUAUUAUUGUAUAUAUAUAGUAUUUAUAGGGCGCCACAUACACACAGAAAAAUUGUUGUACUGGGUUAGGGUGCCAGACAGGAAUUGUGUUUUAGCUUAAAGUGCCACACACACUAGGUUUGGGUGUCACAUACAGGAGUAUUGUGUUCUAGGUUUGGGUGUCACAUACAGGAGUAUUGUGUACUAGGUUUGGGUGUCACAUACAGGAGUAUUGUGUACUAGUUUUGGGUGUCACAUUCAGGAGUAUUGUGUACUAGGUUUGGGUGUCACAUACAGGAGUAUUGUGUACUAGGUUUGGGUGUCACAUACAGGAGUAUUGUGUACUAGGUUUGGGUGUCACAUACAGGAGUAUUGUGUACUAGGUUUGGGUGUCACAUACAGGAGUAUUGUGUACUAGGUUUGGGUGUCACAUACAGGAGUAUUGUGUACUAGGUUUGGGUGUCACAUACAGGAGUAUUGUGUAUUAGGUUUGGGUGUCACAUACAGGAGUAUUGUGUAUUAGGUUUGGGUGUCACAUACAGGAGUAUUGUGUAUUAGGGUUGGGUGUCACAUACAGGAGUAUUGUGUACUAGGUUUGGGUGUCAUACAGGAGUAUUGUGUGCUGGGUUUGGGUGUCACAUACAGGAGUAUUGUGUGGUAGGUUUGGGUGUCACAGGAGUAUUGUGUGGUAGGUUUGGGUGUCACAUACAGGAGUAUUGUGUGGUAGGUUUGGGUGUCACAUACACACAGGUUGAGGUUAUAUUGUGCUUGGAGAGUAGUCCUCACUUUCCUGGCUUCUGAGGAUGGGUUUGGGUCGGCACAAGCUGCUGGUGUUAGUUCUGGUUUUGUCCAUUUCAGUCGUCCUCUACUUGCUGCUCCCAUCUGGACAGCGAGAGCAAAGGGAACAAAGAGAGGAAGUUCCUCAAGCUGAUCCUGAAACCAACAUAACCAUGCGAAAGGCAACCUUAUCAGGGGACUGGCCAACCUUCUACAGAGAAGCCAUGCCACGCAAUAAGAUGGAGGAUGCUGGAGCAGAAAGGCCUCCAGUGCUAUUGUUGCAUGGUCGUUCCUUCACUUCCAAGACGUGGGAGGAUCUGGGGACGCUGAACAUUCUUGCAGAGCAUGGAUACAGAGCAGUGGCUGUUGACUUACCAGGAUAUGGGGACUCAAUGCUUUCUCAACCCUUGUCUUCCGAACGAGGGCGUACAGAGUACCUCCUGCAUAUUAUGGAAUCUUUUGGCAUGCGCCAGCCUAUUAUCAUCAGCCCAUCCAUGAGUGGCAUGUUCUCUCUGCCCCUACUCCUACAGCACCCAGACCGUCUAAAAGGCUUUGUGCCCAUAGCCCCUGUAGGAACCAAGAGCUUCAAACCUGAACAGUACCAGCAGAUACAGGUCCCUUCUCUUAUUGUGUAUGGAAAACUGGAUACCAAUCUGGGCGUCCAAUCACUGGAAAGCUUACAGUUAUUGCCCAAUCACACUUUAAGUCCUCUGGAGGGGGCUGGACAUGCUUGUUACAUGGACAGACCAGAAGAAUUUCAUACAGUUCUGCUAAUGUUCCUGAGCAAGCUGUGACAGAUCAUUGGAGAAGUUAACAGCAAGAGAAAUAGUUACUACUAUUAACAAAGAGUGACUUGUUGGCACACUCACAAUGGUACUGAGCACAUUUAGUAUGUUGAGGAAGCACCAAAGAUUUGGCAGGAGGUUGCUCAUGGGCGGGUCAUUGGCUAUGCAGUUUUGGUGCAGUGGUUUAUGUAACUUAUUAGUGGUAUUGACAGGUGUAUUAAAGAGACAUAAAACUCAAUAAUGUAUUGGGAAAGCACUAUUGUAUGCACUUUGUAAUAUAAGUGCAUUUAAAAAUACUGCUUCAUGCUUUAUUGAACACCAAGAUUGGCACUAGGUGACCAUGCAGAACCUAGACUACUGGCGAUUGGUUGAUAACCACUGUGCCCUAGUUUUACUGUCAAUUAAGCUAGUCCAGAAAAGGGUUCUGAUUAUGCUCUGAGAUUGGCACCUGGGGUUGUGCAUAAGGUGCCAAUUGCCAUGCAUAGUAUGUUCAAUGUAUGUCCCUUUUAAUGAUUGAGCACAUUUUUGUAGUCGUUACAAAUAUAGUAUAGGAGAGUCUGGGGUUUUAUUGAAAAUGUUAAUAUAAAGUUACUUUUGUAUUGUUUUGUGUGUGUUUUUACAUAAUUAUUUGGGGAAAUAAGCAUGGGGAAUGGCGCCUGACACUGUAAUUAACUUUAUAGAAUGUACAAAUAAACUGGUCAACGUUAUAGAGACAUUUAAGCAUUUUUUUUUAUUUGUGGAUCAAAAAUGUAUCUCUUCAUUUCAAAAUAAUUGCACAUCAAAUAAAUGUCCAUCUUCUAAGCAAA